UUCACCGUGACAGAGGAGAGAACGAGAACGCGCAGAUGACGUUUUUGCCUGUGCCGCUGGUAACCAAACGGAUCGGCUCGGAAUCAAGAAACACAACGAAGAAACUAAAAGAUGUUCUGCAGGAGUUUCAUGGAGAUGGGAUUCUGGCCAAGUAUAAUCCUGAAGAGAAGCCGGAAAUCUUCAAUCAGGAAAUUGACUUUGAGGGUUUCAAGCUCUUCAUGGAGACCUUCCUGGAGAAUGAACUUGCUGAGGAGUUCUGUCAGCAUCUCUUCCUCAGUUUCUGCAACAAAGACCCCAAGCCAAGCUCCUCCAUGAUGGACAAGCAGACAAUCAUGGGUCUAAAGCUGAUAAAGGGAAACUGCACUCCGUCAAAGGUGACCGCCUUGUCUAAACCUCUCGGCACAAUCCAGCUGAAGGAUAUGAUCUGCUACCUGUCUCUCCUGGAGGGCGGACGACCAGAAGACAAACUAGAAUUUAUGUUUCGGCUUUAUGACACAGAUGGGAAUGGGUUUUUAGACAGUAAGGAGCUGGAGCACAUUAUCUCUCAGAUGAUGCAUGUUGCAGAGUAUCUGGAGUGGGACGUCACAGAACUGAAGCCGAUUCUGGAGGAAAUGAUGCAGGAGAUUGACUAUGACCAUGACGGGAUGGUUUCUCUUGAAGAGUGGGUCCAGGGUGGCUUGACCACCAUUCCUCUGCUAGUACUGCUGGGACUUGAAAAUAAUGUAAAGGAUGAUGGGCAGCAUGUGUGGAGACUGAAGCACUUUAGUAAACCUGCAUAUUGUAACCUGUGUCUGAAUAUGUUGAUUGGAUUGGGAAAGCAAGGCCUGUGCUGUUCCUUCUGUAAGUACACCGUUCACGAGAGAUGUGUGGCUCGAGCCCCCCCGUCCUGCAUCAAAACAUACGUCAAAUCCAAGAAAAACACAGAGAUCAUGCAUCAUUUCUGGGUUGAGGGAAACUGUCCAAGCAAGUGUGAUAAGUGUCACAAAACCAUCAAGUGUUACCAGGGUCUUACGGGCCUUCAUUGUGUCUGGUGCCAGAUUACUCUACACAACAAGUGCGCUUCACACGUCAAACCCGAAUGUGACUGCGGAUCGCUGAAAGAUCACAUACUUCCUCCAAACACUAUAUGCCCUGUUGUACUGGAAAGACAGUCUACUCUGAGAAAAGACUCCAGCCAAUCAGGAGGCUGGGGGAAAAUACAAAGGACCAAUUCUGUAUCAGUGGAUGGACAGGGGCUACAGAUUACAUUAUCAGAAGGAACUCAUCCACUGCUGGUUUUCGUCAACCCUAAAAGCGGAGGCAAACAAGGUGAAAGGAUCUUCCGAAAGUUCCAGUACCUCCUGAACCCUCGUCAAGUCUACAACCUGGCCAAGAACGGCCCCAUGCCUGGCUUAAAUUUCUUUCGAGAUGUUCCAGACUUCAGAGUCUUGGCCUGUGGUGGAGAUGGGACCGUUGGAUGGAUUCUUGAUGUAAUAGAUAAAGCCAACUUUGAACAGAAUCCUCCUGUGUGUGUACUUCCUCUCGGCACAGGAAAUGACCUUGCAAGGUGUUUGCGCUGGGGUGGAGGCUAUGAUGGAGAAAGUCUCUUACAGAUUCUCAAGGACAUUGAGAACAGUACUGAAGUGAUGUUGGACAGGUGGAAGAUUGACAUCAUUUCUCUAGACAAAGGUGAAGGAGGAGAUCCAGUCCCAUACAGCAUCGUGAACAAUUACUUCUCUAUUGGCGUGGAUGCAUCUAUCGCUCAUCGAUUCCACAUUAUGAGAGAGAAACAUCCAGAAAGGUUUAACAGCAGGAUGAAGAAUAAGCUUUGGUACUUCGAGUUUGGCACCUCAGAGACCUUCUCCGCAACUUGCAAGAAGCUGCAUGAUUAUCUUGAGGUGGAGUGUGAUGGCAUCACCCUGAACCUCAGCAACAUCUCACUGGAGGGCAUCGCCGUCCUGAAUAUUCCCAGCAUGCACGGUGGUUCCAACCUAUGGGGAGAGAGCAAGAAACGGAGGGGUCACCGUAGAACGGGGAAGAAGUCUUUUCAGAAAAAGACCACAAUUGUUGACCCCAAACAACUAAUUUUUGCUGUCCAAGACCCCUCUGAUCAGCUGUUUGAGGUGGUGGGGCUGGAGGGGGCAAUGGAAAUGGGGCAGAUCUACACGGGUCUGAAGAGCGCAGGCAGACGUCUGGCCCAGUGUUCCUCCAUCAUUAUCAGAACCAGUAAACCCCUUCCUAUGCAAAUAGAUGGUGAGCCAUGGAUGCAAAGCCCAUGCACUAUUCAAAUCGUGCAUGAGAAUCAGGCCCGUAUGCUAAUGGGCCCUCCACAAAACUCUGGCUGCUUCUCCUUCUUUCGACGCGACCGCAGAGAGAGCAAAGACUGACAACCGACAACACCUGAGAUCAACACUGCACCCUACACGAGAUCAUGCAAAUGGUGGAAAUGUACCAAAGGAGAAGGUUCCUGAAGGUUGUAUUUUAGCAGUGGGGAAAUCUCUAGAUUUCAGCUGAUCAUUUCAGCCACCAGUUCUCUGUCUCAGCUGUUUGAUUAAACUGCCAUUUUACAAGACAUGCACUGGGAGGCCAAGGCCAUCCCUGGGGAAGUUUAUUUGUUCUCAAAUGUUUAAAGUGCAGUCGAAAGGUACCAGGUGAAGAUACUGGACAGGUAUAAUGGAAUAAGAAUCAUGGAGAUUUAUACCGGCUACAAACUGGAUGAUUUUCAGAGUCAUUGGAUCGCUGUUCAACUGUGUGGUACCAUUUAGUUGCUGUUGUGUGCACAUUACACAACAGAUCGGUGACAGAGGGUCACAUAUUACACAACAUUUCAAUAGGAACAAUUGCCAACAGCUCCGUCUGGUCUACAAACUACGUUUUACAACCAAACACGUGCGAGAAGUGAUACAUGAAAUAACAUAAAAUCACGCACGAGACAGGAGUUCUCUGAAUUUAUUCCUGUGUGCUGAUUUGCAUCGAAAAAGAUAAAAGGAGAAUAUGAAUGAGAGAAGGUUGCUUGCUGAUGUUUUGUCUGUGACUCCUCCCCCUGAACUCUCAUUGGCUGUUGCUCAUCACUGAUGUAAUUUCCAGAAAAACACUUUCCACUCUGCAUGACUCUUGAGCCACAGACGCGUCCAGAUAAUUUAGCAUUCUAAAUAUUUCACAGGCAUCAGCACUUCUCUUCGAUCGCGUCUUUGAUUAUACACACUAGACGAUUGUCACUCAUGUGAACAAGCACCGAUUUGUUUCAGAUUUCAAUCAUUUGUUGGCUAUUUCCACAAAAUUGUUGGCGAGUGAAAAUCAGAACUAUAAUCGUGCAGUGUGUACCCAGCAUUAAGCCCCAGUCAAACUAGACUUUGAAUGUGAGAAAUUUCAUUGGAUGCUGCAACGUCACGGUCUACAGCGUCUUUUUUUAUAAACAUGAAUUCAACACAUUCCAUAUAGUAAUACAUUAAAAAUGUACAACCUACUCAACUUUACUGCAAAAAUAUCAUUCUCUUAAUUCAGCCAAGAGGUCAAGCCGUAAUGAAUCGAACUUUUCACACAAGCUUGCAUUUCUGGUCUGACGCAUUCGCAUGCGUAUGAAUGGAAGUCAAUGGGACGAAAAGUGCAGUUGGACUGCACCUUUAGGCAAAAUAGACACUGCAGAAACAAGUUCACUCUAAAAACUGCUGGGUUAAAUAUGGACAAAACCAGGGAUUGGGUUGUUUUCACCCAGCCAUUUUUUUUCCAACCAAUUUUGGAUUUAUUUUUUUUUUAGCCAGCAAUAUAGUAAUAUAG